UCAGUCCACCCGCUAAUCUCGCCUUUCAUCUCUUUGUUUAUGUUUGUAUGUAACAAGCUGUCUCUCACAGUGCCAUACAUGCUUCUUCCCCCACUACUCUCUCACAAACCCCAAACUUUAACUAAUUCCAACAAUGCCCUUAUCUCCCUCCUCCUUCUUCCUGUCUCUCUCCUCCCUUCUCCUGAUCCUUCCCCUCUCUCUCUCCUCUCCGUUCAAUACUUCUUUCUUCAUUGACUGCGGAAGCCCCGAACCUUCCACCGACGCCUUCAACCGCACAUGGCUCCCCGACCAAUUCUACUCCGGCGGAUCCACCGCCGUCGUCUCGGAGCCUCUCCGCUUCCACCUCAUCGCCGAGAAGACCGUCCGCUACUUCCCUCUCUCCUUCGGCAAGAAAAACUGCUACGUCAUCCCCCUCCCCGCCGGCCGCUACUACAUCAGAACCUUCACGGUCUACGACAACUACGACGGCAAAUCACACUCCCCGUCCUUCGACGUCUCCGUGGAAGGCACCCUCGUCUUCUCCUGGAGAUCCCCUUGGCCUGAGAAUUUCCUCCGCGACGGCUCGUACUCCGAUCUGUUCGCCUUCAUCGGAGACGGCGAGCUGGAUUUGUGCUUCUACAGCAUCGCCACCGAUCCUCCUAUAGUAGGCUCCCUCGAGGUCUUGCAAGUGGAUCCGUCUUCUUACGACGCCGCCGGGACUGGUCGGGAUGUUUUGUUGGUUAACUACGGGAGACUCACUUGCGGUUCGGACCAGUGGGGGCCUGGUUUCACCAACGACACCGAUAGCUUCGGUCGGUCGUGGCAGUCCGACGAGGCGUUUCGCUCCGAGGAGGCUAAGUCCUUGGCCAGGUCGUUGUCCACGGUGGAGAAGAUCAAGGGAGUUGAUCAGGCUCCCAAUUUUUUUCCGGUUAAGCUUUAUCAGACGGCGGUUACGGUGUCCGGAGGUGGAGCGCUUGUUUACGAGCUGGAGGUUGACGCCAAGCUUGAUUACCUGAUGUGGUUCCAUUUCUCGGAGAUUGAUUCGACGGUGAAGAAAGCUGGUCAGAGAGUGUUUGAUCUUGUGGUGAACGAUGACAAGGUGAGGAGAGUUGAUGUGUUCAACGAGGUUGGAGGAUUUGCAGCUUAUAGUUUGAACUAUACCGUCAAGAAUCUGAGCAGUACUACUUUGACGGUGAAGCUAUCCCCUAUUUCUGGAGCACCGAUCAUCAGCGGGUUAGAGACUUACGCCAUUGUUCCUGCUGAUAUGGCUACGGUGCCUGAACAAAUGACUGCUAUGAAAGCGUUGAAGGAUUCACUGCGUGUUCCUGAUAGGAUGGGUUGGAAUGGUGAUCCUUGUGCUCCCACUAGCUGGGACGCUUGGGAAGGAGUUCAAUGCCGGCCUAACCCACAAGGAUCUGCUCUUGUUAUAUUCCAAAUAGACCUGGGAAGCCAGGGCUUAAAAGGAUUCAUCAGUGAACAGAUUAGCCUCCUGACAAAUUUGAAUAGCCUGAACUUGAGUUCAAAUUCCUUAACUGGUCAACUACCUUUAGGUCUUGGUCAUAAAUCCCUUGCGAGUCUUGACUUGUCAAACAAUCAGCUCACAGGACCAAUACCUGAAAGUUUGUCCACGUCAAGCUUAAAGCUCGUGCUUUUGAAUGGCAACGAGUUGCAAGGAAAGGUACCUGAGGAGGUUUAUUCAGUUGGUGUUCAUGGUGGAAUUAUCGAUCUCUCUGGAAACAAAGGAUUAUGCGGUGUUCCCUCUCUUCCCUCGUGUCCACUGUUAUGGGAGAAUGGCCACUUAUCCAAAGGAGGUAAAAUAGCCAUAGCCGUAUCUUGUGUGGUGGUAUUGGUUCUAGUACUCUUGGUCAUUUACUUGUGCUGCAUAUGGAGAGGAAGGCAUGAUUACGACUUUGCACCUCCUACCGAUCUAACAUCACUUGCAGCAAAGAGAAACAGAUACCAGAGGCAGAAGUCGUUGAUGCUACUGGAAAUGGAGAGCCAACAUGCUAAAGGAAUGCCUACACUUCCCUUGAACUCGCAAUAGCCGAGAAAGAGAGAGUUUUGACUUUGGGCAGAGAGCAAGGAGAUGAGAUUUGAGGAUUUUCUGUGUAAUUAGUAUACAAAGCAUUACUCCUCAAGAAGACCACAAGUAAACAUUGAAGAAUGGCAUUGCAUCAAGAGUAAGAUAAAACUUGCUUCACUGUAAUUUCAUUUUGGGGGUUUUCUUAGAUAUGAUAUGUAUGAUAAAUUAUUAUUAAUUGACAGAAAAACAUUCUUACUUA